CAUCACACAAUCUCCUCUAGUCGAGUAACGAAUCUGCGCAAGACAAGUCGUAUCUGCUGCGUUCGAUGUGUUGUGUUGUGUUCGGAUGAAGCGGAUCACGCGUUUGGCAAGGAAAGAAGAAGAAAACAUUCGAGUGUGUAGUUAAAUGGAUGCCAACAGAAGCGUCUCUUUUAUUAAUUGAAAACGUCGCGCGGCGUGACUCGCUGGUGCGAAGUAUCGAGUGAUAAAUAAUUACCAAAACAAUUGUGAUUUAAUUUUGCAUUGGUUGAAAAUUAAUUUUCUCCUAUUGUGGUGAGGUGAAUUGUGCAAAAAUUACGCUCGAUGAUAUAGAGAAUCGAAAAAAACAAAAAUGGAUACACCAAAGCGAAUAAAGACGAUUUCCUCACAGUACAUAAACAGUCCUCCUGCGCUAAAUCAGACAGCGUUGGGCACGAUUAUGACAACACCGGGUGAUCAUAGGCACAGUUAUCAGUGGCAUUCGGGUGCUGGUGGGUGGCCAUCGGAAACAACUUUGGUCAGCCCCGCAUCGGAGUGCAGCUCUCCAGAGGCUAUCCCAUCGAAAAUAUCCACACCAACCACCACCAAUAAUAACAAUUGGAAGCAUCAGCCCGGUUCUAACUCGGCGGACAAAAUGGAAAAUAAACGUGGCCGGCCGCGAUCCGAAGCACUCAAUACCCUGAUGGUGGAAGGCUCCAUUUCUCCGUCGGCAAUAAAGUGCCGUUACUGCCACCGAGUCUUCCCAAGGGAGAAAUCACUCCAGGCCCAUCUCCGGACGCACACAGGCGAGCGUCCCUAUCACUGCGACUACCCCGGUUGCGCCAGAGCGUUCACUCAAAGUGGACAGCUGAAGACUCACCAACGGUUGCAUACUGGAGAGCGCCCCUUCAUAUGCUCGGCCACCAAUUGCCAAAUGCGAUUCACCCAUGCAAACCGACACUGUCCGGACCAUCCAUACGAAACGCUCAAACGGUGUGAUGAUUUCGUCUUUCAGGCCAUUCCUGAGCAAAAUGGUGACGUGCUGAAAUGGUUGGAGAAGUACAGGAUGGAACGAGAGGAUCGGACUCCUACACGGAAAACUCCAAAGCGAACCAAUCAGAACGCCCAGAAUGAAAACAAACACCACCGAUCCCAGUCGAUAGGCAACAAUGAAAAUCACACGAUCAACGGACAAAUGCUCCUGUCCCCCUUAACGCCCCGAUCACCAUUCAAGAGUCGCAAAGGAUUGAUGUGUGAGUUAGACAUGAAUGCUGGAAUGGGACUAGCGGUUAGUCCCCUCACGGCGAAAACCAAACCGAACGUUCCCAAACUGCUUCAGUGGCAGGAACCGACCAGUCAGGAGGAAGAUGACUCUGGUGACGAAUCCGUUGUUCGAUGUCCAGCUGCUCGGUCAACUUUCAAUCCCAAGAAGAAAUGGCUGCGCGACGCCUGGCAGGAUGAUUUAGCUAAACCCUUAGAGCCGAACAUAAUCUCACCGCAAGCCCUCUCUAGCACCACUUCGACAGCCGCACUGAAGCAACAGCUCAAUCAGGAGAGCAGCAACCUACGACAACAGCACUCGAACGGAACAGCCAUGGAUCCAAAUCAGAUGCGUCCCACGGUUCUGAUGGUUGCAAGCAAAGACUGCGCUCGUCCUCUCAGCGAGCAAACGCUUACCACCAUUCAACCGAAUCGACCGGAAGAAAAUAAUCGAAAGUUUGAGGGAGCUCUAGCAUUGAUGCAACUCGCCACCGAAGACUCCGGCGCCUUUACGGGACAAUACCCCGCAGAUCCGUUGGCUUCAGCACCGAUUGGUGGUAAUGAAUGUUCCGGAAAUCUCGAACAGGUCUCGACAUUCUCCACUCUCUAUCCUUCGUCCUGCUUGGACCAACAACUACUCCGGAUACCUAUGAUCGCUAGGCUACCGGGCGAGAUCGAUCACAGUAUCCCGUUCACACUAGCUGCCGAGGCAUAUGUCAAUUAUCAGUGAUUGCAAGCUAUGAACCUGCAACGUCGUGUACUUCCUAAUCGUUCGAUCUCUUCAAACUCUACGUCUAAUAGUGUAGACACUCUUUAUUUUUCCUUUUUAAUCAUCGAUAAGCUUAUCCAAAGAAACUGAAAACCAGCGAAUUAAAGGGGAAGGGUACUGCGCUUCGUAAACUUUGCCCUGUGAUGUAUCUGUGUAUCUUACUUUAAGGAACCUAAAAAACGUUUAAUGUUUUAUAUAGAUUUAACUCAUUACGAAUGGAAAGCGACCGAUAUACUUCUCAUAUUCACAGUCAAUUGGCGUGCGCGAACAAAAGUUAUAAUUAUUUAUAUCUAUGUUUAUUUUUUAACUCUACAAAUGCUCGACAAGCUAGAAUGCAACUAGAGAGCUAUUUAUUAUUUGCUGGGGCGAUGCAGAAAUGUAUGAAGGGAAACCUCAAAACUAUAUCCAAGUGUCUGUUUUAAUCUGCGAAGUUUCAGAAGAUAUCAAACAGAAUUGAUUGAUAAAUGAUUUCAUUAUUUCAUUGAAAAAUGUAAAGUGAUGUAGAAAA